AACAUUUUUCAGUUAAAUGACGUUAUCUUAGCACAAGAGUACUUUGGAUAUUAAAUAUAGGCUGCCAGAGGCAAAUAUACAUUAUGAUUAGUUAUUUUCUAUGAAAAACCAAAAAAAGGAUGGCACUGACGCCCCUAAACAAGGAACACAGAAGAGAGCUUCUGCAGCCCAGCUAAGAAUCACGAAAGAUAUCAAUGAGCUGACUUUGCCUAAGACCUGUGACACAGAAUUUCCAGACCCUGAUGAUCUUCUCACCUUCAAGUUGAUUAUUUGUCCAGAUGAGGGUUUCUAUAGGGGAGGUCGAUUCAUCUUCAGCUUUAAAGUUGGCCCAAAUUAUCCUCAUGAGCCUCCCAAAGUCAAGUGUGAGACUAUG